AUGCCGCCUAUGAGCAUCGAGCACCGCAACACCUUGCAUCAGAUUAUGCGGGGUCCGUACAUGGCUAUGGAGGUCGCACUAGUAUGUGAGGCCAUCCAGAACGGCCUUGGAGGUCGCAUCAAGGUGAAGAAGAACAACGGCGGGAGCCUUACGUUCCCCCAUGGCCGCUGUAGGUUCUUACAUCGGACGACCAAACAUGGCAGGGUGGCGGGGGGGAAAGGAAAGUCGGGCAAGAAACAGCCGGGUAAUGGGAAGAAGUUCCGAUCGGACGUAGUGGCCGCGUUGGGUCGCAAACUCAUCGAGGCGCUUGGCCUGGACAACGUCCAAGGCGGGUUCAACCUCCAGAAGUGGAACCGAAUCUGCGCUCGCAACUGGAAUGCUUCAUACUAUUCGUGCUCUUGCAAGUACGCGCGGGCGGGCCGCACUGCGGGGGUGGCUGUGCUCGAGGAACACCUCCGCGCAUGGUCCCUGGCCGGCGCGCGCCCUUCCGCCUCACUCGGCCGUCCCGGCCUGCGCGGCGAGCGUGAGACGCACCGCGCGUUCCCCUUCGCCCUCGGUGUCGCCUUCGCCCUCGGUGUCGCACUCGCGCUCGUCAUCCUCCUCGGUCUCGUCCAUUCUGACCUCCUCGCGCACCUCGCGUUCCCGCGAUCCAACUCUCUUCGCCCCUCUAUGUCCAUUGUCGCCUUCACCGCCGUGGACUCGGCCCUGGGGUUGACGACUGUCGUCUUGCCCCACCGGUAUACGCUGUGUUUACCCAUAUGA